AAGAAGAGGGAAAGAGAAAGAGACACCAAGUUGAGCCUCUCCUGCUAUCCUCCCCUCCAAGCUGGGCGGGUCCACUUAAGCCCUGCUUGGCCCCCUCCCCGCCCCAUUCCCGGCUGGGCCUGAGGCCGUUGCCUGUUGCGCCACCUACGGUUGGAGCGGGAAGGGGCCAAGGCUGCAGCUCCAGCCCCACUUCCCCUCCACCAGCCAGCCGACCCCCAGAGGCCCCAGAAGGUUCCCUCUCAGUCACACCCCCAGGGCACCCCACGACCCCUAGUUCUCCACCCAGAACCAUGCAAGCCUCCACCUUCAGGCAGCUCCCCACCCCUGCACUCCCCCACUCCAGGCCAGGUGACCAACCCCAGGAGCAGAGAGGGGACCUGGGGCCAUCCUCCUGCCUUCGCUGAUGCCAUGAUCCCCCAGGGAAGCUCCUGGCUCCAAGCCAGUGGGCAGUUAUUCUAGCAAGCUUGUAUUCGAGUGUUUCUUCUUCUUUUUUGGUUAAAGUUUUAUUGACAUGUACUUCAGAUAUCGAACAGCUCACCCAUUUAAUAGUUCGGUGGUAUCUGGUAGCCACAGGGUUGUACAACCACCAUAGCUAUUUCCAGAACAUUCCAUCACCCUAAAAAAAAGUCCCAUCUUCAUCAUCAGUAGUCACUCCCAGAUCCCCCCCCCCCAGCUCCUGACAAAUAGGAACCCACUCUCUGUCUCUGGAUGUGCCUGUUCUGGAUGUUUCCCGUCCAUGGAGCCACACACUGUGUGUCCUUCUGUGUCUGCUUCUCUCUCUGAGCAUCGUGGUCUCAGAGUCCAUCCAUGUGGUAGGAAUGUCGGGGCUUCUCUCCUUUUCACGGCUGAGUCUGUGUCCCCUUUCAACAGCUGAGGGUUAACUGAGCCCUUUUUUUCUUGUUUUGGCUGCCCAGCUGCAUAUGGAAGUUCCUGGGCCAGGGAUCAGAUCUGAGCUGCAGCUGCAACCUAUGCCACAGCUGUGGCAACGCCAGAUCCUUUAACCCACUGUGUUGGGCUGGGGGUCGAACCUGCAUCCUGGCACUGCGAAGAUGCCACCGAUCCCACUGCACCAGAGAGGGAACUCCUUAAUUGAGCUCUUACCUGUAUCAGGUAGGUUAAUCCCUGAGAUGGGGAUGUUCCCAUCGCUACCAUUAUUAACAGAUGGGGAAACCAAAGCCCAGAGAGGUGGCAUUUCCCGCCCAGAAUCACAAAGCACAGCAGAAAUUUGAGCCCAGGCAAGCGGCUCCGGAGCCUGGAGUGUAACUGCCCAUUGCUUGCUCCCAGAGGAGCCUGGGUCUGAGGAAGUCGCGGGUUGACCCAGCCCAGGUGCUGAGUGGACUAAGCAGAGAUUGCGGAGAGGCAUGGCAGUAAAGGUAAGGGUUUGACAGGGUGACAGUGACAGUACCCAGGCUGGCACAUGCACUGCCCUUGCCCUCACUGUGUGCCCAGCACCUUCCAGAGACUUGACGGAUAGACUCCUCCCACGGUCGCCUAGGAGGGUGGACCACCCCACUGUACAGGUUGGGAAACUGAGGCACCAAGCAGCCUGCCCUCCCUGGGUUGGUUGCAAAGAUGUUCUCAGCCAAUGAGAAAAACCAGUUCUGAAACUCAACAGCAACUCAGGGUUUCUGUGGGUGCCUGUUGGGCGCUGACUGGGGGCCUAGGGGCCAUUUCCAAGUGCUCGGCUGAUGAGCAGGGGAGCAGGGGAGCAGGGAUUGGGAGCUGGUGGGCGCCGCUACUGGCAGGAGUCCUCAGGGGCAGAAUGCAGGUCAGGCUGUUCUUGGCUCAGAAGAUCCCCCAGAAGAUCCUCAUGGAUCCCAGGGGGGAAAAGGUCACUUGGUGACAGAGGGACCCGGAGUCUGCACGCUUCCUAUCAAGGACACAGACCCCCUUUAGCGUGGGGGCCCUUCCCAGGACCCCUCCCAGUCCUCCGCCAAAGAAAGGGCCCGAGGAACAGAGCUCCAAUGCCAGGAGACGUAAGGGGGUCCUGGUUGUGCACUGCAGAGGCCUGUGGAGGGGAUCCAUGUGGCCCCGGGGAAGCUGGGGCUGCAAAUCCGGGAAUCCUGUGGAUUUCUGUAAACAUGAAAUGACCUCAAAAGAAAAAGUUGAAACACUUGUUUUUUGGCCUCCAAUUCAGUGAGCUCUUCUAUCUAUGUUUCUGUAGGUCAAUGUUUUUCAUGAUAAUGAGGCAGUUAUGAAUAAGUCCAUAAAUAAAUGCAUGUCUCCUCUGCACCAGAACCCCUGCCUCACCACCACUCCCACUGACACGGGGCUAGAGCAUCCUCUAUGCCAGGCAGUCCUGGGCUCUGAGGGGUGAGCCAGCAUCACUGCCCCUACCACGUGAUGCCAGGAGCCCCCUGACGGCACCGUGAUAACUACAGGUGUCCCUGUCUGUCCGCUGGGGGAGGAACUGCCCCCAGUGAGAGCUCUGCCUUAGAGGGAAAAGCAAAUGCCCCAGACAGAGUCAGAACAGAUACUCCUGUGGGUCUCAGGAGGCCCCUGGCUGAGACCCCUCCCUUUCUGGUUUGCUGAGUGGACUCCCUCCAGACCCUGCAAUUGCCGGCAACAUCCUGCCUUGCUGGGGCUGUGGGGACCUGAGGGGGGAGGCAGUGUCCCCUGGGAAGUGGGGGCCUGUGUAACUCUGAGGGCUGCGGCCCCCUGCCCUGCCCGCCCCAGGACUGCUUGCAUGAGGUAGGUGGCCACCACCUAGCUUCCCACACUUCUCUGAGGAGCCAGAGCCCAGAGCCUGAAGCCCCUCGUCCUUCCUGGGGUGCAGCUCUGACCCCAGAGCUGGAAGAAGGAAGUGGGGAUGCCCGGCCCCAGUGUGGGGCAACCCAACGGCCUCCUGAAUCGGGGCUAUAAGAGGGGGCAGCCAGCAGGGGGAAUUGUCCGACCAUGACCCGAAGCUGUAGACCUUCCAGCCCUGCCCUCGCCCCUGUCCUGCUGGCCCUGCUGCUGGGUGGUGCAGCUCGGGCCGUGGAGAUCGUGGGUGGGCAGGAAGCCCAGCCCCACUCACGCCCCUAUGUGGCAUCGCUGCAACUGCCCUGGCCCCCCAACAGCCACUUCUGUGGGGGCACCUUGAUCCACCCAAGCUUCGUGCUGACCGCAGCCCACUGCCUGAACACCAUGAACCCCACACGGGUGAAUGUGGUGCUGGGGGCCCACAACCUGCAGACCCCAGAGCCCACCCAGCAGAUUUUCAGGAUCGCCCGCCUAUUUGAGAACAACUAUGACCCACAGCAAAAGCUCAACGAUGUUCUCCUCCUGCAGCUGGACCGCCCGGCCACCCUCAACACCCAGGUUGCUGUGGCCCAGCUCCCCCAGCAGGACCAGCUGCUGCCCCACGGCACCCGGUGCCUGGCCAUGGGCUGGGGCCGCCUGGGCACCCUUGAGCCACAGCCCCGGGUUCUGCAGGAGCUCAAUGUUACCGUGGUCACUUUCCUGUGCCGGCCACAGAACGUGUGCACAUUUGUGCCCCAACGCAGCGCUGGCAUCUGCUUCGGGGACUCGGGUGGCCCCUUGAUCUGCGACGGCGUCCUCCAGGGCGUGGACUCUUUCGUCAUCCGGGGAUGCGCCACUGGCCAGUUCCCAGACUUCUUUGCCCGGGUUGCUCUCUACGUGAACUGGAUCCACUCUGUGCUGAGGAGCGUGGGGGGCGAGGACGGCCCUGGAGCCCCCAACCAGAACCCCCACAGGCGCUGAGGCCGAGCUGUGACAGAGGCGGCAGGUCUGCUUCUGAUCCUGUGACCACCCCCUGCACCCCCAUGCCCUUGGCUCCAGCCCCACUGAGCUGUCAAUAAAAGCUGAAACGCC